AGCUGUCAAACAAAACGUCAGUGUAUAAAUAAAGGUUAUGCUACGAAAUAAUUAAAUUUGAUGUGAAAUCCUUUAUUUUUCGGGAAAUUCAUUUGAAAAUCGGUUCACAAUGUUUUGCUGUCUUAAAGGGUGCCUCAAUGGUUUCACUCUGACGCCCGCCGUUCCAAUACGCAUCAAGGAAAACCCAGUACAACUCGACACUUUACAUAUGGGACAUGAAGUAGUGGUAGUGAAGGGUGGACAACGGGUGUGUGGAUCAGGGUGUGCCCUGGGGAAUGCACCAAUUGUCCAGAACAAGGCAUACUUCGAGGUGAAGCUGCAGCAGGGUGGAGUUUGGGCGGUAGGAGUGGCUACGCGUGAGACUGACCUUAAUAGAGUGCAUGGUGGAAUGGACAAAGAGUCAUGGUGUCUGAACAGCGACGGCACAGUGCGGCACGACAACAAUGAGCUGUACCAUCUCUCGUCAGCUCCCAGAGACUCUCCAGUCAAUGAUUUGCUGGUAACCACAGGUUCCCCCAACCAUAUGGACAAUGAUAAGCCAGAGAGUGACAAGGAAACCACAGCAACAAUGCCAGUUGAAGGGGAUACCAUCGGGGUAGCCUAUGACCACGUUGAUUUAAACUUCUUCUUGAAUGGAAAGAAUAUGGAGAUCCCUGUUCGGAAUAUCAGAGGGACGGUCUACCCGGCGCUGUACGUGGACGACGGCGCGAUCCUGGAUGUAAUUUUAGAGAAUUUCCUGUACCCCCCACCAUCGGGCUUCGAGAAGAUAAUGGUGGAGCAAUCUCUUCUCUAACACGAGCCGACCAAUCAGCGUCCCGCGACCCGUGUGUGUGUGGACACUCCCGUGUGAAAACAGUGGCUGUGUGCGUAUCAAACUGACUCUCUUGUACUGUUAUAUAAUUAUGUUGAACUUAUAACUCUACAUUCGUCUCACUCGCGCUUCCACGAAGUCAAUAGGUGAGUGAGCAGUCUGUCUAUGUCUAUAUCUAUUAUAUGAAUGUUUAGUUCAUCAGCUGCUAAUUGAAGUCGUAGAUUUUAACUUUUAAAUUAUGAUUUAUAAUGAAAUUAAUUAAUAAUAAGGAAUAUUUACUUGGUUUUUUAAUGAAAUUUUAAGCUUUAUGAAAAAUAUCAUUUAAUUUUAAAAUGAGUGAGUAUUGUUACAAGAUGGUUGGAAAAGGGAUUGAAUUAAUUUAAAUAAUGGAACAAUGGCGAGUUUAGGGAAAUGAAAUUAAAAAUAAAUUAAGCGAUGGAAUGUAUUCGAAAAGGCUUUGUGUAAUGGAUGUCUAUAUAAUAUGUGAUAUGAAAAAGAAAAAAAUACAAAAACAUUCCACUGCGAGAGGCAGGUGGGUGCUAUAUCAGGCAGAUGAUCUCUUGUAAUAUCGUAGACUUUUGUAUUAUGUUUAUCAAUUUGAGUAUAAGAUAUAAAUAAGGGUGUAAUCGUUAAUAAUUGUAAUCAUGAACAUGUUACAAAUGUGGAUUUAUUCUACGACAUUUUGAUUCUUAUUUCCGAUUGAUUCUUAUAUUCGACGUUCCUGAAACGCGCGUCUUCUGCGCGUGUAAAAUACGCCGUGUGGUAUGGGCCUUAGAUUUGUAUGCAGGGCUCGGCGCUCUUUCUCUAAACCAAUAGGUUUUAUUAGGUAAACGAGAGCCCAUUGGCACAGUCCGGAAACUCCAAACAAAAAUCUCGAUUUUACCGUGUUCCGCCUUUAGGGAAUGCAAUCCCGAUUCCAGACCGUAAAUUCGAGAUCCCGCGGGAUUGGAAAUUCAAUCACGUGAAAUUUUCGGGAUCUCGUCUAGUUCACAAAAAAUGUAAAGUUAGGAUGGCUGAAAACGAUGAAAACUGUUGUUUUUCUUCAAUAUUACUAACUAUAUAAUUUUAUUAUUAUUCUAUUAUUUAGUUUUCUGUAGAAAUCAGUAUAAUCAAAACAAACAGUAUAACUUAAGGAGAUUCGCCCAAGCCCGUCAAUCUUGAAUUGGAUCUCGCGAGAUCGGGAUUGCAUUCUCUACUUACGGUUAUUUAGACUAAUUAAAGUGAGACCCGGGUGUAGGGGGGUUUAAAUCUAGCUCGAUACCGAUAAUAAUUUGUGCGGGGAGGAGUGUGUCCGCUCUAUACGUAGUAUUAUUUUUUACUCUAUGAUAUUGGUUGAAUUAAACUUUAUUGGGUAAUACUACUAAUUGCUAACAUUUCUUCGCAAUUAUUAGGAAUGAACGAACUUAUGCUAUUGUUACUACAAAACAGAUAAUUUUGAGAUAAUACGACAAUUUUAUUUUUUCUCAGUCAGUGCGGUAAGUUUUAACAAAAUGAAGGAAUCAUUGUAACUGUAAUAAAUAAUUGAUAGAUAGAAUAUCUAAACCUAUUUUUGUAUGAAUGUAUCGUAAUGUAAAGGGGUAUACAAGUAUUACAAGUAAUACCUAUUGCGCUGUAUCGCCUAAUUAUGAAGAAAAAAUGUAGAUAGAAAUGUGUAAUGUUUGGAGCGAGGUUAAUAUGGAAGUAAUUUGAUGGUGUAGUUUGGAUGUUAGGUCGACAAGGUUUUAAGUUAUGCAGCCUUGUAGAGUCACAAAGAAUGUCACGAACUUUGUCGCUGUGAUCCGUUUUAUUAUUAACAGGAUCAAUAAUAGGCUACUUCCAACGUCAAAUCAGUUCCUUUUACUAAACAUCAAUACAUGGAAUUACUAUGGAAUUUGUAUGAAACAGCACGCUGUGACGUCAUUGAAAAAAACGUGAUAAAAUGUCGGACUUAUUAUUACGAUUUUCUUUAAUACAAUUAAUGAAUAAGUUAAAUAGAAAAAAAGAAUUAUUUUUGGUUAGUUUUAGAUCUGCGUUUGUUUAGUAAUCAGAAUUUCAUAAUUUAUCUUUGACUCACACUACCCAAUUCAUAGGUACAUUAGUAGUCGUGACUGUACCCAAGCAAUCUGAAUGAUGAAUGAACAAAAUGAUGGAAAUAUUAUUCUAAGUAGACGGAAUUUUCCAAGUUUUACCCAAUAGUUCUGACAUGUAAGAAUAGGGUAGUUUCCAACUAGUCAAAUCAGUUACUUUUUAUUAAACGUCAAUACACGAAAUUACUACGGAAUUUGUAUGAAAAAGCAACCUGUGACGUCAUAGAAAAACGUGAAAUGUACACUCAUAUUUCUUUAUUAAAAUUCAUAAAUAAAAAAGAAGAAAAAAAAGAAAACGGUUUUUGUCACCUUCAGAUCUGUCUUUAUUCAGUUAUCAGGAUUUCAUAAUUUAUCUUCGACCUAGGAAACUACCCAAUUGCAAUCAUACCUAAAUGAAGGUAUCAGAAACGUUUCGUUUUUAUAAAUGACUGUAACAGUAAAAGCCAUUGCCAACCAUUUAACAGUUUUCUUAUAAUCGGAAGUAACUAUUGUAUACAUUUUAAAUACGAUUGCCUACUAAUAAUAUGAUUAUUAUAAUAAUUUCUUUCCAUUUCAUUUAUUUAUUUAAAUAAAGAACAUACAUUAUCUUUACAGGAAUGGACCUUUGUUUAAAUGAAUAAAUGAAAUAAAAUAAUAAAAAGCAUUAAUGUACGGGCUCUGGUGUCAGGGUUACUAUUGAGCCGCCAAAGGCCCCUGACACGGCUCAUGUAACGACUACUUACUUAAUAAAACUACUGAAGCCCAUAAUGUGGGAUUCUUUGCACUGUAAUACAGUUUGUAAGUAUUUUUGAGUUGUCUCCUACUUAUCACUCGACAUAACUCUUAAUUAGGAAUAAGUUAAUUUAUUAAAUAAUAAUUUACAUGAACGCAAUGUUGAAUAAAAGCUAUAAUGAGUAACCGA